GGUCAUAUAGUUUGGCAUGUAGGCCAGGUCACCUUGGGAUUCUCUAGCUGGGGCAGCCUUAAUCCACAUCAAUUCUACCACCCUUUUCCCGUGGGUACAAUGAUUGGUUCAGGGUUGAGCACCAGACCCAAACAGGGCCAAUCAUAGUCCUUCCCUGUAUUUGAUAUGUGGGAGGGGUGGUGUAGUUUGAGGCAACAUUAGAUAGGAAGGCUUCUCCAACCGGGGACAUGAAUAACACGAAGCUCGUUGGGCAAAGGAAGGGCAGAGGAAGUAACACGUGACAAGCACACAGGUUCUGAGGAGAAACGAGCCAAGCUUGUUCAAGAGAUAAGGCUAGCUAGCGUAGAAUGCUGUUCCCAUUGCCUGAACCGCUCUCCCCCUCACUCUUAACCUGGGUAAAUUCCCGCAAACCUUCAGAUCAGAUUUCAGUCCAAACACCACUCCCUCCUGUAAGCCCUUUCUGACCUCAGAGCAGGUCUCCUCUCGCCCCAGCAGAGGACCAGCCUCUUCCAGAGAUCUAGGGGAAUGUGUUUACCAGACUCAUGGAGCUUAGGGAAGGGAGCGACGGGAUAAGGGGUGCGGGUUGGAGGCAUUAAGGGGGUCGCGCAACCCCUACCCCGCGAGAAAGGGAAGCCAAAUCCCAACUUCUCAAACCCAGAUCCAUGCUUGAGGAGCGACGGCAGCGCGCAGAGUGGCCGGUCACAGGGCGGAAGUGCAUCCCUGGAGCCGUUCUAGGAAAUCCGGAGGACCCAGCUCGUCAGUGAUCCUGGGGCUGCAGUGGGCAUCGUCCGGGACACAGGGCCACUCCAGGGAGCGGAUUGUGCAGGCAGAGGCGAGAUGGCACUCGGGUUAGGCCGAGAACCGCCAAAACGCAAGGCUGGAGAAGGUGAGGAGGCGUCGGCGCGCUGACCACCUGUGCCUCCGGCGGAGUGCGGCGCGCGCUGAUUGGCUGGAGUGCAGCCCGGGUACCGGAAGUGGCCGAUGCCCGUCGCCCGUGAAACCAGGACAACAGCUGCGGGUUCUGCGCCAGCGGCGGAGCGGCGCCGGGAGCCCGAGCGGAGCGGGCGAGGGGCUGCGGCGGCCUGCGACUGUGAGAUGGGGACUGAGAACAAGGAGGUGAUUCCCAAGGAAGAAAUUUCUGAAGAAUCUGAGCCACAUGGGGCAAUAUUAGAAAAACUUCCAAAGGUGGUUUGCCAGGGUCAUGAGUUUGGAGCAGCAUGUGAAGAAGACAUGUUGGGGGAGCAUUUGAGAGAGUCCACAGAGAACAUUAUGGAGCAGAUGUCUCCUCAGGAGAGAGACUUUGCAUCAGGGUUGAUUAUCUUUAAGAAGUCACCCUCAAGUGAGAAAGACCAGGAGAAUAAUGAGAGUGAGAGAGUCUGUAGACCCAGCCCAAACCUGAUUGCACAUCAUCGAGGUCCUGCAGCCGAGGCAGUGAGCACAUUUGCUGCCUCUGGCCAAAACUUCAUAGAGAACUUGGAACCUAACAAAACACAGAGAAGUGCUGUGGGAGAAAAGCCUCAUACUUGUAAAGAAUGUGGGAAAGCCUUCAAUCAGAACUCACAUCUUAUCCAGCAUAUGAGAGUUCAUAGUGGAGAGAAACCCUUUGAAUGCAAAGAAUGUGGAAAAACAUUUGGAACUAACUCAAGCCUUCGAAGGCAUCUGAGAAUUCAUGCUGGAGAGAAACCCUUUGCUUGUAAUGAAUGUGGAAAGGCCUUCAUUCAGAGUUCACAUCUUAUCCACCAUCAUAGAAUUCAUACUGGAGAGAGACCUUAUAAAUGUGAAGAAUGUGGUAAAGCCUUCAGUCAGAAUUCAGCCCUCAUUCUACAUCAGAGAAUCCACACUGGAGAGAAACCAUAUGAAUGUAAUGAAUGUGGGAAGACCUUUAGGGUUAGCUCACAGCUGAUUCAGCAUCAGAGAAUUCAUACUGAAGAAAGAUAUCAUGAAUGCAAUGAGUGUGGCAAGGCCUUCAAGCAUAGCUCAGGCCUUAUUAGACACCAGAAAAUUCAUACUGGAGAAAAACCUUACCUGUGUAACGAAUGUGGGAAAGGCUUCGGUCAGAGUUCUGAGCUUAUUCGGCAUCAAAGAAUUCAUACAGGGGACAAACCGUAUGAGUGUAAUGAAUGUGGGAAAACUUUUGGCCAGAACUCAGAGAUUAUUAGACAUAUUAGAAUUCAUACUGGUGAGAAGCCCUAUGUAUGUAAGGAAUGUGGGAAGGCCUUCAGGGGGAACUCAGAACUUCUUAGACAUGAGAGAAUUCACACUGGAGAGAAACCCUAUGAAUGCUUUGAGUGUGGAAAGGCUUUUAGGCGGACCUCUCACCUUAUUGUCCACCAGAGAAUUCAUACUGGAGAGAAACCUCAUCAGUGUAAUGAAUGUGCAAGAACCUUUUGGGAUAAUUCUGAGCUGCUUCUCCACCAGAAAAUUCAUAUUGGAGAGAAACCUUAUGAAUGCAAUGAGUGUGAGAAAACAUUCAGCCAGCAUUCCCAACUUAUCAUACAUCAGAGAAUUCACACUGGAGAGAAGCCUUACGAGUGCCAAGAAUGUCAGAAGACCUUUAGUCGGAGCUCUCACCUCCUCCGACAUCAGAGCAUUCACUGUAUGGAAUGAUCGGCAAAAGAAGAAGCUUUCUGUGGGAAAGCUGAAGUCGUACUUAUUAAUUUGUUCAUAAUCUGCACUCCAAGUUUUUAGAUCAAAUGAAUGGACAGACCGUCUCUGUCCUUCCACUGAUUUUUAUUUAAAUAGUUGAAAAGGAUGAUGCACUUUUAUGAACUAUU